AUGGAACCAGUUAUUCUCAAUGGAGAUACGAAUAAUAAUGGAAAUGGAACUGAUCCUAGUCAUUGCUACAAGAUGAAAAGUUCUACUGACGAACUAAAUGAAGUGCGAACUUUAUUCGUAUCCGGUUUACCAAUGGAUGCUAAACCACGAGAACUCUAUCUUCUGUUUCGAGGAUUUAAGGGUUAUGAAGGAAGUUUACUUAAAGUAACAAAUAAAAAUGGUAAAAAUUUAUCACCUGUUGGAUUUGUCACAUUUGCCAAUCGAGUUGAUGCUGAAACUGCUAAACAAGAACUUACAGGAGUUCGAUUUGAUCCUGAUCUUCCAGCAACUCUUCGACUUGAAUUUGCUAAAUCGAAUACUAAAGUUCAAAAACCUAAACAUCCAAAUCAAAAUCAAUUAACAGCAGCAACACAACAAUUUAUUCAAAUUCCACAAGAACUUGGUGCCGCUUUCUUUCCUACCGAAGCUUGGGGUCAACCAUUAACAUUCGAUUUAGGUCCAGCUGGUUUACAUCAUCCAGCUUUAUUACAUACCACUCUUCAUGGUCCACCAAUGGGUUUGGGUCAUCCAAUGCAAGCAACAACAGGUAUGACACAAUUACAACAAUCAAAUCAAGCUGUAGCCGUUGCAGCAGCUAAUGGACAAUUGAAUGGUGGUUGUUCAACAUUAUUUUUAACUGGCUUUCCUGAACAUGAUUUUAAAAAUAUGUCAUUUGCUUUGCCGGGCAAAGCUCUUUGA